AUGUUCAACCCAUACACGGAGGGAAAGGAGCACAGCACUAGCGCACCAGGGGACGAGACGAGCGUAUUGGGUCUUCAAGCUCGUAUACCGGAGCUUAUUCCGGAAGACCCAGAAUUUUGGCUGGCCCAGGUCGAGGCUCAGUUUAAGCUCGCCAGGGUAACCAAUCAAUUAGCCAAGUUCACUCAGCUAGUUGGUUACCUCCCUCGAUCUAUGGCCCCAGGGCUCCGUGACAUUGUCUGUAAUCCACCCGCAGACCGACCCUACGACGCCCUCCGCGAUGCCAUUCUGGGCAGAUUUGGUAUGCCCGUAGAAUGCCACCUGAAACAACUUUUAGGUGGUUUACGUCUAGGAGACAACGGUCUCGACACUCCCACAAAUCUUCUAAGUUACAUGCAGGGCCAGGCCGCCAGCCUGAACAUCGAUGAAAAUAUCCUUCGCUUGUCCUGGCUACAAGCCCUGUCAAAGAGUUUGUCAUCGAUCCUGCAGUACUUCGGACAACGCUAUACCCUAACGGAACUCGCCGAAAUGGCUGACAGGGUAUAUGCUGACCAGUUGUCUGUCCACACUCUCACCCAACCAGCGCACCCACCGCCGUCCUCCGAAAACGCUGAACUUGUAGCAUGCGUCAAAGCGUUAGUCGCACAGGUUCAAGCGCUAACCAUUUCACGCGACCGCCCGCGACAACGACGUCGCUCGCGCUCUAAUUACCCCGGCACCCUCGUUCUCGUUCGCCGUCGAACGGUAUUUGUUGGUAUCACCGUCGUUACGGUGACACCGCCAAAAGGUGUUUCAAACCAUGCACCUAUACGCCGCGGUCGGGAAACUAGUCAGCCGGCCGGCCCAGGCGACGACCGUGUUCGGCUCGCCACAACCAAGUCGCCUGUUUUUCGUCUCAGAUCGAACAACCGGGAUACGCUUCCUGGUCGACACAGGCGCACAGGUCAGUGUGGUACGCCCUCGCCCCACUGA